AUGGCAAAGCUAAAUUUGCUUUGGUUGAAAUGUAUUAUUUCAUUCAGUGCUGUCCAAGCUGUGUUCGAGGAUCAAGUAGGGAAAUUUGAUUGGAGGCAGCAAUAUGUAGGCAAGGUUCGCUUUUCUCAUUUUGACACACAUAUGCAGUCAUCAAAAAAAGUCCUUUUAGCAACCGAGAACAAUGUUUUUGCUGCACUAAAUACCAGAACCGGAGAGCUUUUUUGGCGACACGUGGACAAGACCGGUCCAGAGGGAAACAUCGAUGCUCACCUCCAACAUGGCCAAGAUGCGGUGCUCGUAGUUGGUAAUGGGCGCCUGCUUCGCUCCUGGGACGUCAAUGUUGGUGGUCUGAACUGGGAAGUCGUGCUCGACUCUGGCAGAUUCCAGUCAGCAUGUUUAGUUGGACAACAGGGUACAGCUAAAUAUGUAGCUGUGCUGAAGAAAACCACAUUCUCUCUCCAUUACAUGUCUAAUGGCCAUCAGAAAUGGAUAGAAAACCUACCAGAGAGUGAAACCGUGGAUUACCAGGCUGUCUACUCUGGGGGAAACAAGGACGUUUACGUUUUAGGAGUUGUUCCCCAUUCUCACAUCGCUGUAGUCGUUUACAGUGUGGAUGAUGGAGAGAUAAUGAAGCAGACCUCAGUGGAGGCUCCGUGGCUGUCUGACAUACCGACCAGUUGUGCAGUGGUUGGCAAGGGGACUUUGACAUGUGUGGACUCAACAACCAUGUCCUUAUACACACUGGAUUUACAUGAACAGUCACAGAUGACUCAGAUACCACUCCAGUCACUUGGUCUUGAAGUAGCUGAAGGCUUUCAUCCUUCCCUGGUGGCCCACAAGCCUCACCCGGCCCAUCAGCCACGGUCAGAGUUCUUCCUUCAACUUGAGGCUGAUCGCUAUUUGCUUCUCCAGCUCAACAAUGGUGAAAUAACUACACUGAGGGACUUCAAGCCAGCUGUGCUGGUUUCAUUUGCAACGACUGGAGAGAAGACUGUUGCUGCUGUCAUGUCACCCAAGAAUAAAACUGCUUGCAUCAUUAACCUCUACAAUGCUGAGACUGGACGCAGACUUCUUGACACAACUCUCAUUUCUACAGUGGAUCCUAAUGGAGGGAAACCAGAGCGACUAUAUGUACAAGCAUUUCUGAAGAAAGAUGACUCAGUUGGCUACAGAGUUAUGGUGCAGAUGGAGGACCACACACUCACUUUCAUUCAACAGCCAGGGCGUGUCAUGUGGACCAGGGAGGAGGCCCUGUCAGAUGUGGUGACAAUGGAAAUGGUGGACCUGCCGCUUACCGGAACACAGGCUGAGCUGGAGGGAGAGUUUGGCAAAAAAGCCGAUGGGCUGUUGUCCAUGGUGUUGAAGAGGCUCUCCUCGCAGCUCAUCCUGCUGCAGGCCUGGGUCUCUCACCUCUGGAAGCUGUUCUAUGACGCCCGCAAACCCCGCAGUCAGGUCAAGAACGACAUCACCAUCGAGAACCUGUCCAGGGAUGAGUUCAACCUGCAGAAGAUGAUGGUUAUGGUUACAGCAUCUGGGAAGCUCUUUGGGAUUGACAGCAAGACUGGUGGUAUUUUAUGGAAGCAUUACCUGGAAAACAUUCCACCUAAUGCUGCUUUCAAACUGAUGGUGCAGCGGACAACCGCCCACUUCCCUCAUCCACCACAGUGCACGCUGCUCAUUAAAGACAAGGACACCGGCCUGGCCACGUUGCAUGUAUUUAACCCCAUCUUUGGAAAAAGGAGCCAUGUCACCCCACCCGCUCUGCCUCAGCCAAUACUUCAGUCACUUCUGCUGCCGCUGAUGGACCAGGAUUAUGCCAAAGUCUUGCUUCUCAUUGAUGACCAAUACAAGGUGUCGGCCUUUCCAUCCACCAAGAAUGUACUGCAGCAGCUCCAAGAGAUGGCCUCUUCCAUAUUCUUUUUUCUCGUUGACUCCACCCAGGGAAGACUCUCUGGUUACAGACUAAGAACGGACUUGUCAACUGAGCAGAUCUGGGAGGUCGUCAUGCCAGCGGAGAUUCAGAAGAUUGUGUCUGUCAGAGGGAAAAGGCCCAAUGAGCACGUGCACUCACAGGGCAGAGUAAUGGGGGACCGUAGUGUGCUCUAUAAGUAUUUGAAUCCGAAUCUUCUGGCAGUGGUGACUGAGAGCACAGACCUGCAUCAUGAGCGCAGCUUCAUCGGGAUCCUUCUGAUCGACGGUGUGACUGGUCGCAUCAUCCAUGAGGCCGUUCAGAGGAAAGCCAAAGGACCAGUGCAUGUUGUGCACUCUGAAAACUGGGUUGUGUAUGAAUACUGGAGCACCAAGUCCCGCAGGAAUGAGUUCUCUGUAAUCGAACUCUAUGAAGGAAUGGAGCUCUACAACAGUACUGUCUUCAGCUCGCUGGAUCGACCACAUGUUCCUCAGGUGCUUCAGCAGUCUUAUAUUUUCCCCUCCUCCAUCUCGACCAUGGAGGCCACGCUGACCGAAAAGGGCAUCACCAGCCGCCAUCUGCUCGUUGGCUUGCCCUCUGGAGGGAUUCUGUCAUUGCCAAAGAUGUUCCUUGACCCACGGAGGCCAGAAAUAGUAACUGAGCAAAGCCGAGAAGAGAACCUGAUACCUUACGCACCAGAGCUGAUCAUUCGCACAGAGUGGUUCAUCAAUUACAACCAGACAGUGUCAAGAGUGCGAGGUAUUUACACAGCCCCUUCUGGACUGGAAUCAACCUGCCUGGUGGUGGCAUAUGGUCUCGACAUCUACCAGACACGGGUGUAUCCCUCAAAGCAGUUUGAUGUACUGAAAGACGAUUAUGACUACAUGCUGAUCAGUAGCGUGCUCCUCGCCCUUUUCUUUGCCACCAUGAUCAGCAAACGCCUCGCAGAAGUCAAACUGCUCAACCGGGCUUGGCGGUAA